AUGCCAUUCACGACAUCCCGAUCAAGGGAGUGUGGAGGAAUGAGCGUCGUGGGUGGUUGGCUGUUGCCAUGGCGGUAUCGUUGCUUGGUGUCAACAGGUACAUUCAGAGUCCAAUGUUGCAGCCGAAUUGGUUCCAUUGACGUGCUAUAUUGUAUAGAGGGCAAGUUUGGUCUCAAGACGUUGACUGGUUUGGCGUUUUGCUUCGUCUCAGCGACGCUACACCAUGUUUAUCGGUUCACAGCAAUCCAACAACAAGAGGUCUUUAUGCAUACGAAAAAGGCAAGUGCAGUGAACAAAUACAAUGAAGAAGGCGUUAAUGUAAUAAUGAAUGAUGCUAUUAUUGGAUAG